GGUUUGGUACAUUCUUCAGUCCUCUGUUGUCCUUCAUCUGUCUUUUUAAACUUUGGGUUCUAUUCUAUGUCAAGAAGGUAAGCUCAUUCGUUUCAUGUGUACAUUUAAUAAAGUAAAAAUGCAUUAGAAAUAUAAUUAGCUUAGUAUUUUCUCGUGUAGUAACAAUAGAUCAAUUAACAAGGGUUGGUCCUUACUGAACCUCGAGGAAGAACAGCUAUCCAGUGUAAAUAAAGUAGGUGUAGGUCAGGUUUGCUCUAGUAAGAGAUGGACCUCUAACAGGAAUGGAUCUACCAGGGAGAUGCGUACCACUCCUAGAUUUGGAAAAGGGUGUUGCAGGGAGGUGACCACAAAUAUUUGUUGUUGGUACCAAUGGCCCCGGUCCACUGUCCCCUUUGCUCUGUCCCUCCAGUGCAUUUAUUUUAGUUUGGUUUGAUUUUAGACGAGCGUGUUGAACAACUGCCGACCAAGCGUGCGACCAUUCCUUGCAUCGAAGAUGAACCUAUUGUUCUUGGUAUUACUGGGUAUAUCUUAUGCUCUUAUCUUGGUUGCUUUUGGCUAUGCGGUCACUUCUUCAGGAAGGUAUGUCUGCAUCAACCUCGUACCCAGGGUCGGUACGAGGUUGUGUCUGCAGUACGAUUUCUUGGAUGGAAAUGAGCCAAACUGACUGGGAAACUCGCCCAGUGACCUCUAUAUGUAAACUGGAAUGAUCACUCCUAUGAUAAAGCCUAUGAUUCGCUGAAGCCAAAAUAGUUUUUCUGAGUUUUGAGCUGAAAUACCAUAUAUAUCAAACUGAAGCUAUUGAAAAUUGCUAUUCGGUGUUGACAUUUCAGGACUUCAGCGAAAAGGAAAAUAUUUUAAAAAUACAAGUUACACAACGUCAAUGAAAAGCUUGGUAACACGGAAUCGAACAAUCAUAAAUUUCACAUGCGCAUAAUUUUAAAAUGCGGAAUGCAAAUAUUUUGAAAUAUGAUGAAAUUUUUAAUGCCAGUUGUAGACAAUUUCACCAAUAGUUGUAUUAAUAUGCUGCCUGACAAACUGUCCGACAAAAACCAGUUAUGCCGGAGAAUUACCUUUUCGUACCGAACAAUGUCCGUGACCGGCCGCUUAUAUUAGGCUCGCCUCUCGUUCCUUUCGCCUCGCAAAGAGCCUCUGGAACCAGGGUACUCAUACUGUAUAAUAUACAUACAUUAGAAAUGAUGCUGCAUACCUUAUAGCCUUUUAUUUGUUCUUACUUUCAGUCGACUGUCUCCAUCGGACUGCGGUCCAUUUACUGGCAAGGACACAAUCUAUCAAGUGGUUUUGGAUAGUGUCAACACGUUCCCAGAUGUGUUGAAAGAAAUUAUUCGUAUCAUUUCUUCACCAGCUAUCAUUGCUUUGAUCUUUGUAGUUUUUGGGUAGGUCAUAUUCAGUUACAUAUAGUUAUUUUAUUCUAAGUUCUCAUGGCUAAAAGCAUGAGCAAGUUUUCAUUGACAAGUUUAUAUUUUCUAGGAAUUGAAAGAAUUUUUAGGAUUUUACAACUGCUAUAUGCACAUGCGAAGCAAUAUCACGAUAGUCAUCUCGAACAUGACAAUAAUUUCGAUAUGUCGUCGCUCAAGUUUCUACCUUCGAUACGAUAAUCGCGAUUGAAAAUAUCGCGAUAAAUCAAAAUAUCCAUGCCUUAAAAUAUCGGUCGGUCACGGACAUUGUCCGACCCAUUCGUGAAAUUAUUAUUAUUUAUUAUUUAAAAAUAUUUUAAAACGGUAGCUCUUCAGGGCUCGUAGGCACCUGUUUUUCAAGAGGCCGUUUAUUACAGUAUUUACAAGCUAUAUAAAUAUAAUAACACAAAUAUACACACAAAACAGAGAAAACAUAACGAACUUAAUAAUUGCAUGCACUACAUUUGUAUCUAAAAAUAUCCUAUUUAAAUAUUUACAAAGUUACCAAAAGGAAUCAAGUGCCGUCAAGAAUACGUUUAAAUUUGUUAAGGCUAAUGCCUUUUUCUUUUGCUGUAGUUGAUAAGUCAUUCCAAAGGGAUGCAGCUGAAUAACUGAAGCUCUUUUUCAUAAAAUUGUUAUUGUUACUUCUUAAAUCAUAUCUGUCAUUUAUUUUAAUUUUGAACAUGUUGCAAAUUGAUGAUGGCAUUUUUUCGUUUCGUAUUCUGUGCAUAAAAAUCGAUUUAUUGGUUUUAUAGCGUUGGUUAAAGGUUGCCAGUCUAAUUCUUUUAAAACAUCCUCAGAACUAACUUCAUAAGUUUUACCACAGUGGUUUUACCAGUGAUGAUUCGGGCCGCUCUGUUUUGUAAUUUCUGAAGUCUGUUUUUUAAGUAAUCACAACAGUUAUCCCAAACCAAGCUACAAUAAUCAAAAUGUGAUAGCACAAUGGCAUUAUAUAUUUUUACUAAGGUUGAUUUGGGAACAAACUGUUUUAUUCGUCGCAUCAUUCCUAUUCCUUUUGAAGCUUUUGUGACAAUAUUUUGGAUUUGAUGAUUCCAUAAAAGAUGUUCAUCAAUAAUUACGCCUAAAGUUUUUGAUUUGUGAACUCGUUUAAUGACUGAUUCACCAAGCUCAAUUUUAGGGUCCGUUAGUACUAAGUUUGAAAUUCGUUGUCUUGAACCAAUAAUCAUGUAUUCAGUUUUAUCUUUGUUAAGUGUAAGUUUGUUUGCAAGUAACCAUUGGUGUAUAUUUUCUAAGUCCACGUUAAUGCGUUCUUGUAGUUCGUCAUUUGUUUUGCCAUUGGUUGAAACAUUUGUGUCAUCGGCAAACAUGCUUGCUGAAGAUGAGGUCAGGCAGUUUGGCAGGUCGUUUAUAUAUAAUAAGAAAAGAAGUGGCCCAAGAUUAGAACCUUGGGGUAUUCCACAUUUAACUGUUCUUGUCUUGGACAUUGUUUGAUCUACCUUACAUAUUUGAAUCCUGCUAGAAAGAUAGGACUGGAACCAAGCAAGCGUAUGACCUCUUAUUCCAUAACAAUGCAUUUUUUUAACAAUAUAUUAUGAUCAACACAGUCAAACGCUUUCUUGAGAUCCAAAAAAAUCACUCCAUUUAACAAACCCUUAUCCAUAUUCAUUAGCCAUUGGUUCGUGAUGUAAAGUAGAGAAGUUUGUGUAGAGUGAUUUUUCCUAAAUCCUGCUUGUUGUUCUGCAAGAAUGUGAUUAGUUUCAAGAUAAAUUUCUAGUUGCUCUGUAACUAAUUUCUCAUAUAUUUUAGCAACUGAGGAUAGAACCGAGAUUGGUCUAUAAUUAUCGCAAUUAGUUUUGCUUCCAGUCUUAUGAAUUGGAGAAAUGAUAGCAAUCUUGAAGUCUUCAGGAAAUAUACCAGUGUUUAUAGAUGCGUUAAAGAUUGCUGACAGGGAUGGUGCUAUUACCUCAGCAGCGUCUCUUAGAAGUUUACCGGGUAUUCUAUCAUGCCCUGCUGAUUUAGAUGUUUUAAUUGUAGAGAGCAACUUAUAUUGUCCGACGUAGAGAGGAAACCACCGGACAUUCUGUCCGACCAAAGUGAAACUGAGGUUUAUUGUUUGUCCGACCCGAGUGUAUUGGUGUCCGACCGAACUGUAGCUUUGUCCGACGUAAAUCAAAAUGUACCCUAGCCCAGGACUAGAGGCUUGUAUGUUAAAUGGAAAAUCAGAGUACUAUUGUAUAAAAGGUGAACUGGAAAUGUUGUUUAACAUAGUCGAGCGCGGGGCGGCGAGCGAAAUGGUGAAGUGGAAAACGGGCUUAAGUUGUCGAAGUCUUUUUCAAUACUGCUGUUCUGGAAAGCAAGUUAAUUUUGGCUUGGAAAUAAGUAUGAAAGAAACAAAUUAUUUAAUAUCUGUACAACAUUUACCGUUUAUUCAUUUGUGUCAUUCAGACUUAUUUCCGAGUCAAAACUGAACUGAAGGUCAUCGGACAUAUGUCCGAGCCAAACUCGUGUCACCGGACAUUUUGUCAGACGGCAUCGAAAUAUCGCCCAACCCUAGGAACAAGGCAAGAAUUCUUGGCAAGGAAAAAUUGCGACUUUUUGCCGUAAAAGCAUAAUAAAACUUGUCAAAGAGAAAUUGCCCGUCUGUAUGGGGCUCAAUAGUCAAAUAUGUACACCAUAGCUCAUGAAUUAUUAAUGCGUUUUAAAGUCAUGUUCAAAUGAGGACGAAAAUUGAUGAGAGUUGAGAAGUGAGAGUUUGCAUGAACGUUUUCUCAUCUCUCAUGGCCCGGUCAAACAAGAACAAGAGUUGCAUGAGAGUUGACUGAAUAUAUUCAGUGGUGCAGUUCUGAACUGGUGGAAACUACAUUACUUGCAUUAGGUAUAUAGACUAACCAUUGUAUGCAUUGUGCCAUAUUUAUCUAGUGUGUUCAUCUAUUAUUACAAACUUCUCAAGUCUUCCAAUGAGCAGAAAAUGAAACUGCUACGACAACAAAUCAUAUUGGUAAGUUUUUGUAAAUAUUACAGUAAUAAUAUAUUUUUGGCUAUUUGCAAUAGAUUAGAAAAUUUUAUUCUCAGCAGUUUCAAUUAUUUAUAAACUAAGUUACUCUCGUAUUUGUAUUUAGACUGGUAAGGACAAGUUAUAUUUGAUGAAGAAAAUAAACAGUCGUGCCAUGGAAGCUGAGCAGUAGUUUUACAAAAAGAUCAUGCAAAUGAAACGAGACAGCUUGUCCUGCGCUUGCAACGCAAUAGCACAUUGUGGUACAGGAACGUUACAGAAGACCGAGAGGCAUUCACCCCCCUGAGCGUCCGCCACUUUGAAUAUUUCCAGGGGUGUGAAUGCCUCUGAUAAGCGCACUGGCUAUAGUACCAUGGCGACAGCAUUGGAACGGUUACGCCGAAAUCAUAGGCAAAACCAAGAAGUCGACCUUCUGUAAGGUUCCUAUUCUGUGGCGUGGCAUCGGUUACGCUUUUUUGCCCGAGUCGACCUUCUGUAAGGUUCCUAUUCUGCUAUUCUGUGGAAGAAAUAGGCCAAAGAAAUAAGCGAGAAUAAUAAUGCAUAAUUAUUUUUGUAAAGUAAAAUCAUCAUUUGUAACGCGCUGCAGUACUGCAUCAUGUAAAUAGCGGAUAAUAUAGUUUGUAUAAAGAUUCAUAUCGUCUGGCAGUUAACCCAUAUAUUUUCUCUUUUAUAUUAUUAUUGUUCUUUUUUUCAUCAGUGAACAUUAUAUACACAGCAUUAUCAGUGAACGCUAUCGAGAACGUUUGUGUUCAUAUUUCACUCUUAGUUAAGAUAGAGAAUGACUUAAUUAAUAGAAGAUGGGGAUAAAGUAAAGGGUGGGGGCUUGUUUUUUUUCAAUGUUGGACUGAGGGUUUAUUAGAAAGGGGGAUGGGGCGGGCUAAAAACAGCUAAAUAGAGGAAAUCUGUUACUUUAAUUAAAUUUAUUUGUAUUAUUGUAGACCGAUUCUCUGUGGAUGUAUGUAGGGGGGAGGGGUGCACCCCCAAAUAUUUUUCACCCCCUCAGGAAGUUUUCCCACCCCACCUGGAGAGAAAUGUGCACCCCCCAGAAAUUUAAAUGUUCGUUGGGUUCAAUAGAUAGCUUAAGAUCUACGACGUCGACGUUAGCUAGGACGUCAGGGCUAAGCAGAGGACUGGGACUACAUUAGGACGAUAUCCUAGUCCCAGUCCUCUGCAUAGCCCUGACGUCGACGUCGUAGAUCUUAAGCUAUCUAUUGACAGUAGUGUGAUUGACAAAAAGGAUUUUGAACUAAACUAAAUGAGACCAAAAAUUUCCUG